UCUGUAUUCCUACAGAAGAGAAGCCUGAGCCUGAUGGUGCCACUGCUUCUCCUGCUGUUCUCAGAAUUCAGGUUCCACUGCGGGGCACAUUUGCAAGGAGCCUGCAGCAAAAGCCAUGGCUCCCCUACAGCAGAGGAUUUUGAUCAAAGGGGGGAGAGUGGUGAAUGAUGACUACUCGCAGUUGGCUGAUGUGUAUGUGGAGGACGGAAUAGUGCGGGCAGUGGGACCACACCUGCAGCCUGGGGCACCUGCUGGGCUCCUAGUUAUAGACGCUUGCAACAGACUGGUGCUGCCUGGGGGGAUUGAUACCCACACACACAUGCAGUUCCCCUUUAUGGGCACCCAGUCCAAAGAUGACUUCUACCAGGGAACAAAGGCUGCUCUAGCAGGAGGCACUACUAUGAUCAUCGACUUUGCAAUGCCUCAGAAAGGCUGUUCCCUUGUUGAAGCCUAUGACACAUGGAGGAACUGGGCAGAUCCUAAAGUCUGCUGUGAUUAUGCACUGCAUGUGGCAGUUACAUGGUGGAGCAGCAAGGUUAAGGAAGAAAUGAGAAUUCUUGCUGAAGACAAAGGGGUCAACUCCUUCAAGAUGUUUAUGGCUUAUAAAGAUCUGUAUAUGGUUGGAGACAGUGAACUGUAUGCAGCUUUUUCCCAGUGUAAGCACAUUGGAGCCAUUGCUCAGGUGCAUGCAGAGAAUGGGGAUUUGAUUGCAGAGGGUGCAAAGAAGAUGUUAGCACUGGGGAUAACUGGCCCUGAGGGACAUGAACUGAGUCGUCCUGAAGAGGUGGAAGCAGAAGCGACACUGAGAGCAAUCACCAUAGCAAACUUGGUGAACUGCCCUCUUUAUGUAGUUCAUGUAAUGAGCAAAUCUGCAGCAAAGGUGAUAGCUAAUGCACGAAGAGAAGGGAAGGUAGUAUAUGGGGAACCUAUUGCUGCUAGUCUUGGUACAGAUGGCACUCACUACUGGCAUAAAGAAUGGCAUCACGCCGCAGGACAUGUCAUGGGACCUCCACUGAGGCCAGACCCUUCAACACCUGAUUUCCUCAUGAAUUUACUAGCCAAUGAUGACCUAACUGUGACAGGAACUGACAACUGCACUUUUGACAUCUGCCAGAAAGCCCUGGGGAGGGAUGAUUUCACCAAGAUCCCUAAUGGGGUGAAUGGUGUAGAGGACAGGAUGUCUGUCAUAUGGGAAAAAGGAGUGCACAGUGGUAAAAUGGAUGAAAACAGAUUUGUAGCUGUUACCAGCACAAAUGCAGCUAAGAUCUUUAACCUUUACCCGAGGAAGGGAAGAAUUGCUGUGGGUUCUGAUGCUGACAUCGUUAUUUGGGACCCAAAAGCUACAAGGACUAUAUCUGCAAAGACACAUCACCAUGCCAACAAUUUUAAUAUAUUUGAAGGAAUGAUCUGCCAUGGGCUCCCAGUUGUGACCAUUUCAAGAGGCAAAGUGGUGUACGAAGGUGGCGUUUUCAAUGUCACAGCAGGAGACGGCAAAUACAUUACACGUAAACCAUUCCCUGAAUAUGUCUACAAAAGAAUCAAGCAGCAGGAUGAGCAGUUGCUGGGAAAGCAUGUGCUUCAGAAAGCUUGGGAGAGUGGUGAACCCAGCAAACCUUCUGUCAUGCAUGGAGCCAUUGGGUCCCAACUUUGAAGUGUUAGGGAGCUCCCAGUCCUAUGUGUGGGACCAGUAGAAGCUUUCAUGAGGUGUGGGAAGAUUUUUGUCCCCACUCUGCUUUCAUGUAUGGACCAAGCAGGAGAGGAAGUCAGCUCAGAGGCUGAUGGUGUUUGCCACCCAUCUAUGAAUACUGCAGCUUUAAUAGAAGUACAGAAGAGGCAUGGUAGGGGCUGUGAUGCUAGAUCUGACAGUUAAGAAUCAUGACUUCUGCUUUAAAAACAGUCCCAGAGUCACUUACUGGCUUGUGGGAGAAAUGAGCUCCUGGAAGGCCAAUAAAGUCCUAUGCCUAUGGAUAACAAUGUAGAGAUAUCUCAGCAGGGUGGUCAAUAGGGACAUUCAGGAGGAACUAAGUUGGAUUCCCACUACUCAGAUUAGCUUUGAGGGGGCAGAGGGAGCAGGGCAAUUUAUCCAUACAGUAUUGCUGAAAUGUUUGUGAUAACUCUCUUCAUCUCUGAUGAGUGGAAACGUCAAACAUGUGUGAAACCUCAGAUUCUUGCAGUCUGCCCCACUCUGUGGCUCCUGCUGUCAGUCACAGAGCCACUACAUUUUCUUAUUAACAUCUUUUGCUAUUUGCCAGGGAGGCGGGGGCAGGGGGGGGAGAUGAUGGGACAGAAGUGUGAAAACAGGGAGGGGACAGGAGAAGAUAAACAUUUGCAUGUAAAAAUAGUAAUUUGCAUUGGUAGGCUGCCUUUCAUCCAAGGGUCUAAAAGCCUCACACCACAUACCUGUGGGGCUCAUAGAUCUCAUUACACUGAUUGUAUGGUUCUGGGAUCUGUGACUGUUCAACACUUCUGCACAUCAGGCCGCUCUUUUAGCUAAUUAAAUAAAGAUGUUGAUCUCAA